AUGCCGCCGAAACGGAAGGCAGAGGCCGUGGCUGUGACUGAGGCGGCGGUCGCAACGCCCACAAAGCGCCCGCGAAACUCAUCGCCGGCGCCAAAACCGAGCGAAAGCGCAACGCAGAUCACCGACACACCUCAGACGGGCGAGAAAAGAAAGCGAGGUCGUCCGCGCAAGUUCCCCGAAGGUCAAACCCCCAAGCCGACUGAUGGCCCGAAGCGUGGCCGGGGUCGCCCGCGAAAGGUCGUCUCGGAGAGCGAUCUGGCAGCGGCAGCGGCAGCGGCAGAAGCAGCAGGGCCGAAACGAGGACGCGGACGUCCUCGCAAGGAACCUGGCUCUACCACGACCACUCCAAAGGUGACCCCGAAGAAGAAGGAUGGGCGUGGCCGGCCACGCAAGAGCCUUCCAGCCAAUGGCACCGACACGGAGCUCAAAGAGACCACAGUCAAAUCUAAACCCUACACGGGCUUCCCUGACGAGAGCGGCCGAUCCUACUGGUUGAUGAAGGCCGAGCCGGAGUCCCGCCUGGAGAAGGGAGUCGAUGUUAAGUUUUCUAUUGAUGAUCUGGAAGCUGCCACGCAGCCUGAGCCCUGGGAUGGGGUUCGCAAUAUUGUUGCGCGAAACAUCAUGAAAGACAUGAAGAAAGGAGACUAUGCAUUCUUCUAUCAUUCCAACUGCAAAGUCCCUGGCAUUGUCGGGGUAAUGGAGAUUGUGCGGGAGUAUUCGGUUGACGAAUCUGCCUUUGAUACGAAGCAUCCCUAUCACGAUCCCAAGUCCACCCGUGACAAUCCCAAAUGGGUUGUUGUGCACGUCGAGUUCCGCCGCAAGCUCACCAAGCAGGUUACGCUGAACGAGCUAAAAGCCAAUGCCGAACGGGGCAAGCCCCUCGAGAACCUCCAGACUCUGAAGCAAGCCCGUCUCAGUGUCUCAUCUGUGACCCCCGAACAAUGGCAGUUCAUUCUAGAGCUGGGUGGCGAGGACCCUCGGAGCAUUUAG